AUGCCAACGGAUGACGCCACCGCAGACACGCGUACUUCAGGAUUGGGAGUAGAUGGAGACGGUUUAUUCUGGGGAGAUGUUUCGCCCCCUCCAAUGCCACCUGAUGGAUGGAAAGGAGCUGCACUUACGGCCCCCACUAUUCAAUCGAAUUCAUCUCAGAUGACCGGCUCUGUCUAUUCUUCCAAGGUUUCUAACGAUGCUCCAAAUGGCAAUACACACAGUUAUCUCUCACAUGAUGCAAGUCACGCUUUACGAUCUAGUGACGGUCAUCUUCAGGAAGAGACCCCUACUCACAAUGAUGAGCAAGGCUCCGAAGACAUGACUCACACUCUGCCCAAGUGCUCGAGAUCAGCUCGAUCUUUGGUCAGUAAGCUCUGA